AGAUUUCGCGGUCGCGGCCUCUCCUUCUACACCAUCUCCUUCAUCGUCCCCACCAAAACCCUAGAGAUCCAGAGCAAGGUGAGGCGGAGGAGAAUACGAGGGAGGAGGCGAAGAUGGAUAAGAGCAUGCUCGGAGAUUUGGAUUCGCUCCCCGAGGAGGACAAGAUCCGGAUGUCCGCCAUGAUCGACCAGCUCCAGAUCCGCGACAGUUUAAGAAUGUACAAUUCGCUGGUCGAGAGAUGCUUCACCGACUGCGUGGAGACCUUUAGGCGUAAGACUCUCGACAAGCAAGAGGAGACGUGUGUUCGCCGAUGUGCCGAGAAGUUCUUAAAGCACUCCAUGAGGGUCGGCAUGAGAUUUGCGGAGCUCAACCAGGGUGCCGCGACGCCUGAUUAAGAAAAAUCCCAGUAGCUUCUGCAAAACCCUGUUUCUUAACUUCUAUUUUGAGCAAAAACCACUUUUGGGCUUUUUUUUGAGCAGCAAUUCCUGUUUCUUUGGUAAAUUAUAGACAAUUUCUCAUUAGUCGAUGAAAGAAGUGUUCCAUUCAUCCUGAUGAAUGUUUUGAAUACUAGAAUAAGGUAAGGAUUUGAUGGGAUAAUGUGAAUCUAAGUAAUUUCGUGAAUCUUUAUUAGGGCUUAAACUUUUUUGUUUGGAAUGAACGAGGUUGGUCCGUCGGAUUGAAUUU